CAUCUCAAACACCGGUAUAUCAAGGCGCGCCGACGAUCAAUCCAUGGCGCGGCAGCUCGUAGGUCUUUUCGCAGCUGCUUUGGUGGCCGCUGGCGCCGUCGCCGCCGCAGGGGCGGGACUGCCGUCCAACUUCGCCAUGAUAACCCCACGGGGACCGUUACUAGGGAAGCGGGACGCGGGGGAGUACUGCGGCAAGAGGAAGUGCAUGGCCAAGUGCGAGAGCCGCUGCCCGGACCAGUGCUUCGUCCUCUGCCCCAGCUGCAAGACGCUAUGCAUGUGCGACUACUACCCGGGCAUCUCCUGCGGCGACCCGCGCUUCACCGGUGGCGACGGCAACAACUUCUACUUCCACGGCAAGAAGGACCAGGACUUUUGCGUCCUCUCCGAUGUUGAUCUCCAUGUCAAUGCCCAUUUCAUUGGCACACACAACCCCGCCACGGGUCGUAACUUCACCUGGAUCCAGGCCAUUGGCAUCCGCUUCGCGGACCACCGCCUCCUCGUCGGUGCCAAGAGGACCGUGAAAUGGAGCAACCGCGUCGACCGUCUUGAGAUUGGCUUGGACGACGAGACCAUCGAUCUCCCUGCCAAGCUCGACGCGCGUUGGGAGUCGGCAGCCGUGGCAGGCCUGACCAUCACGAGAACCGCCACGACCAAUGGCAUCAGAGUGCAGCUCAAGGGGGUGUUUGACAUCAUGGCCAGCGUGGUGCCCGUCACGGAGAAGGACUCUCGCAUCCACAACUACGGUGUCACGGAGGACGACUGUCUGGCUCACUUGGACAUCGGUUUCAAGUUUCACGACCUCACCGACGAUGUGCACGGCGUCCUUGGUCAAACGUACCGUUCUGACUAUAUUAACAAGCUUAGGGUGAGCGCUAGCAUGCCGGUGAUGGGCGGCAUAACCAGCUAUGUAUCAUCGGACAUCUUUUCCACUGAUUGCGCGGUUGCUAGAUUUGGUCGCCGUACCAGCAUCUCGAUGGUUGCAUCAAGUGAUAGUUGAAGUACUUUUCCGACCCGAAUAAUUAAGUUCAUGUACAAAGUGUCAUAUAAAUAAGGCACAUGGAUCUUUUUGGAGAAACCCCAUAUAUAUUUAUAUAUUUUAUCGGCACAUCCAAAUUCCAGACAACGACCCUUAGUCAUACGGGCAACUCUCUUCCUACCGUGCAUACCCAGUAAUAUUUUACGAAAGUGGAACUUUGUAAAGUUUGAUGAAGUUCAAAGAAAAAAUAUAAUUAUUUAUGAUACCAAAUAUCUAUCAUACAAAACAAUAGUUUUUAAUGACCAGUAGUAUUGAUUUGAUAUUGUAAAUGUUGGUGGGUAUUUUUCAUAAACUUGAUAAAAAAUUGAUUUAAAAAAUAUUAUCUACACUACAAUUUGACAAGGAGAUAAUAAAAACUAGGCGGCCAUCCAAUAGUGUUAACUUGAUCAACAAAAUUGGUUUUCAAAUGUCUUUUUGUCUACUCUAAUAAUUGGCGUAAUUUUCUCCAUGUGUGACCUGCCUCCUCAGACCUCAACCACCAAAGAUAGCACUGGGGUAGCAAUUACCUCCUGCAGUCCUAGCUCUGGGAACCCAUGCAGUUGUUGUAUCA